AUGCCCCUCCUCAAAGAUAUUCUCGGCCCCAACCGCUUCCCUACCGUCCACAAACGAUACUAUUUAUCCCGGGUCGAGGAGCCACUCCAGGACGCCACAGGCAAAUCCACAGGCGAGACCACCGCUACUGACCCCCAUCCCCCCGGCGAGGGAGUCAUCAUCCCCAGCACUGUAGCCGGGGAAUUCUCGUGGGAUUGCUGUGCGGAGGUCGUCUUUCGUGAUGAGGCACAUUACGAGGCGUUUCAUGAGACGUUGGCGGCGCAGGGGGAGCGGUUACGGGCGGAUGAAGAGCGAUUUUUGGACUGGAGGAGGAUGAGGGUUGUUCGUUUUGGGGCGGGGGCGGAGGUUAGUUCUCUUGAUGGGUAG